GUUCGCCGAGUCACUUUGUCUCAGCCCGCCACCAUGGUCGUCACGCUGUACGGUUCCGAGACCAGCCCCCCGGUCCGCGGGGUGCGCAUGGCGUGCAAGGCCUUGGGCAUCGAGUACGACUUCAAGAAGGUCAACGUGUUCGCCGGGGAUCUGCAGAAGCCGGAGUACCUCAAGAUAAAUCCGCACCACACCAUACCCACUCUUGUGGAUGGCGACUUCAUCCUUUGGGAAAGCCAUGCCAUCGUGACGUACCUCGGCGACAAGGCCGGCAACGACGCCUGGUACCCCAAGGACAUCAAGAAGAGGGCCACCCUGCAGCAGCGCCUGCACUACAACAACUCCAUCAUCUUCACGAGGUUCAGGGCCUACGUGGAGCCCAUCUUCUACCACGACGACCUGAAUGUGCCGCCGGAACGGAUCCAGAAGCUGCAGGACGCCCUGGACCUGCUGGAGCCCAUCAUCCACGAGGGGGGCUGGCUCGUCGGCGACCACCCCACCAUCGCGGACUGCUGCUGCGUCGCCAACGUUGCCACCAUCGUGGCCGUACUCCCCGAACUGACCCUGAAGCCCAAAGUGGCUGCCUGGCUGCGGCGGUGUGAACAGGAACUCGACGGCUUCGACGAGAUCAACACCCCCUUCAUCAAGAUCGUCAAGGAGCUCCUUGCCAAGAAAUUCGAAGCGAAGAAAUGAGCGAGUUCAACUACUUCAGUCUCGCACUCACCCUGCCUCUACCUUUGCCUUCUUCCUGUGUAAAUAAAGCAUCUCUCUUAGA